AUGACGUCUUCAAUACUAACCGGUCCUUCAACUUCAUUUGUCAAAGCGAAUAAUCUUUUUGAAAAUCCAUUUUUCUGUCAAAAUUCGCUAAACUCCAUUACAUAUAAUAAGGAAAUGUCUUCGCCCCAUUCCUCAUUAGGUUCGGGCCCAUCAAGUUCAACUUCCUCAAUGAACACAUCACCUAAUAGUCGCAAAUAUUACAAUACAACGUUAUUAAAAAACAUCAAAAUGAGUGGACAAUUAAUUACUUCGGAAGAUGUUUAUAAGCUUCGUCGAGAAAUGCAAGCAGAUUUUCGUAUGCAGAAGACAUCUGACGAUUCACAAAGAUGUCUUAAAGAAUCAUUAGAAGUUCUAUCUGAAUUACGUGGAGAACUGUCAUACCAGUCAGAGCCAAAAUCUGAAGAUUUUCCAUUUUUUGUCUCCGAAUAUCAGGCCUUAGUCUGUUGGAUUUAUUCGGAAAUCCGUUUCGCGCCUUACAUGGGCGAACUGAAUCGUCAUUUCAAUAAUUUGAAAAAUGAACACCGAAUAAUCCUGUCCUCAUUGCGACUACAUUCAAUUGAACAUCUUCUGGCUUUGCUUCGUUUUUCGAACAUCUGCUUAGAGUACGGUUUCUAUUGCGAUGAAGAAGCAUUAGAUUGGUGUCGAGAGGCUGUAUUAACUAAUGAGAAACAAAAACGAUCAUCGUCCUCAAUAUCAAUUCGUUGUACUUCAUCAUUAAGCUCAUCUAGCAAUCCGAGCACAUCAUCUUCAUUUUCUCCAACAAUGGAUGACAUUCUUCAACGACGAGAAGAACAGUAUCGACGGGAUAUUGAAAGAGAUCUCCGUGUCAAUGUUAUUGAAAUCCAAGUAGCAUUACAAGAAAAGCUUGAACGAUUCCCUCUUCAAAGACCUACUCUGGAGAAGCUGGUAUAG